CAAUUCUAUGUCCACUUUGCUUUUUAUUUAUUUUGUGAUAUCUUCUUCUAGUUGAAAUAAGUAGAAAAAAGAGAAAAGAAAAAAACAUCAAGAGCUAGCUGAAACAUCUCUCUUCUGUUGUAACCUUAAUUAUAUUCUCCUUUUGUUUCCUCACACAAAGCUUGGAAGCUAUGGAUUUUCCAAAUGAAUCCAUGUCAGAUUCUCCACAGAGAAAGAUUGGAAGGGGAAAGAUUGAGAUCAAAAGGAUUGAAAACACGACGAAUCGUCAAGUAACUUUCUGCAAAAGAAGAAAUGGUUUGUUGAAGAAAGCAUAUGAAUUAUCUGUUCUUUGUGAUGCAGAAGUUGCUCUUAUAGUCUUCUCUAGCCGUGGACGGCUCUAUGAGUAUGCUAAUAACAGUGUCAAAGAGACUAUUGCAAGGUACAAAAAAGCAUGUUCAGAUUCAUCUGGCACUGGAUCUGCUACUGAGGCUAAUGCUCAGUUUUACCAGCAAGAGGCAGACAAAUUGCGUGUGCAAAUUAGUAACCUGCAGAAUAACAACAGGCAAAUGAUGGGUGAAUCUUUGGGCUCUAUGAAUGCCAAGGAACUGAAAAAUCUGGAGUCUAAAUUAGAAAAAGGAAUUAGUCGGAUUCGUUCCAAAAAGAAUGAGCUGUUAUUUGCUGAAAUUGAAUACAUGCAGAAGAGGGAGAUAGACUUGCACAAUAACAACCAACUUCUGAGAGCAAAGAUAGCUGAAAGUGAGAGGAACCAUAGCCACCAUAGCAAUAUUAAUAUGAGUAUGUUGCCUGGAGGCACAAACUAUGAACCUAUGCAGUCUCAGAAUCAGCAGCAGCAAUAUGAGUCUCGUGGAUACUUUCAAGUUUCUGGAUUACAAUCCAGUAGUAGUCAAAUGACUGCAUUACAACCAAGUAGUCAGUAUGCAAGACAAGACCACAUGUCCCUUCAAUUAGUUUGAUAUAUUUGUGCUUGAGAGAAGUAUGAAAGACCUGUAAUUUGCUUCCUAGUAUAUGGUUAUGAUAAUGAUGAUUAUGAUGAUAGCAGAUGAGUGCUAAGAGUAAUAUAUAUAUAUAUAUAUAUAAGAAAAAUUGAGCAGGGUUUGUAAGUAUGCCCUAAUGAGUACUAUUUAGUGGCUUUGUAGACAUUUUAAGACAUUUUCCUGUAACUAUUAUUAUGAAAUGCUUUCUGAUAUGUGUCCUAAGAUUAUGGAAAAGACACAUUGAAAUGUUUGUCAA